CUCCUUUCUUUCGCUCACUCUAACAACUGGUGCACAAUAGCAUCCGUCGUCGCCGACGCUAUUGUGCACUCUUCCCCUCCGCCGCGCAAUGGGGAAGAGGUCGCCGCCGGGCGACAUCGAGUCCAUGUCCUAUGAGGUCCGAAAGCCCCUCUCAAUGCCGCCCCCGCCGAGCUAUUACCCUCCGCCUCCCAAGCCCUGGUUCCCAUGGCUUGUGCCUCUCACUUUCCUGGCCAAUAUCGCCAUGUUUGCUUUCACAUUAUAUGAAAACAAUUGCCCCGCAGCCAUCGGCGGCAACCGCUGCCUCUUUUACCCUGAGCUCGGCCGGUUCUCCUUCCAGCCAUUUCAGGAGAACCCCCUCCUCGGCCCUUCCAUCACCACUUUGAAACGAUAUGGGGCAUUGGAUAAAGAAGCAGUAGUGGAACAUGGCGAAGGGUGGCGCUUGGUUUCGUGUAUGUGGCUUCAUGCUGGUGUUAUUCAUUUACUUGCAAAUAUGCUCAGCCUGCUCUUCAUAGGAAUUCGGCUCGAACAAGAAUUUGGAUUUUUGAAAAUAGGAUGUUUGUAUGUGCUUUCUGGAUUUGGUGGGAGCUUACUGUCAUCUCUGAGUAUCAAUCCAUCUGAAAAUCCAACCAUAUCAGUCGGUGCUUCUGGUGCACUUUUUGGGCUUUUGGGCGCUAUGCUUUCUGAGCUCAUCACAAAUUGGACAAUAUAUUCAAAUAAGUGUGCAGCCUUCAUAUCUUUGAUUCUGAUCAUUGCCUUAAACCUGGCAGUCGGAUUCAUACCUCACAUCGACAAUUCAGCACACAUCGGAGGCUUCGUUUCGGGCUUUCUCCUCGGCUUCAUCCUCCUUAUCCAACCGCAGUUCGGAUACGUUAACCAUAAGUACAUCCCUGCAGGGGCUGAUGUGAAACGUAAAUCCAAGCACAAAUGUUAUCAGUACUUUUUGUUGAUCGUAGCUCUAAUCCUCUUGAUUUUCGGAUAUGCUUCUGGGUUAACAAGGCUUUACAAAACUGGUCCACAAGUAUUGGAAAGCAACACUUUCUGAAGAGGCUGAUGGGAAGCAUAAGUACUUUGAUUUGGUGAUCGUUUGGCUGAGGAAAGUUUAUAAGAUUUUCCUUUGAAAGUGUAAUUUAAACGAUAAAAUCAUAAUGUGAAGUUUAACUUCUACUCACUCGCAGCAGUAGAAGAAUUGUAUGUAGAAAAUACCCACUUCUCCUUUUGUUUUAUA